AAAGAAACUCCACUAGGCAGUGCUGCUCCAGUCACACUACGCAGGAAACUCCGCCCUGCCCAAGUGCUGCUCGAGUCACAGGCAAGAAACUCUGCCCCACUCACUCACACUACGCAAUGGGAACGCCCGAUCGGAAGAAGAAAUGAGGAGCGCCGAGAUUUCGCCGGCGAUCGCAGUCACUCGUCUCCGGCACUGACCGACGCUCCUUCUCCCCCCCGUUCAGUUUGAUGGAGCUUUGAUUUGUCACCGUCAGCGGCGAGAUCCAUUAUUCCGAAUUCCGAUUCUCCAACUGACGGAUCCUGACGAGAUUCCUCACCUGAUGGAUCUUGCCGAGAUUCUUGCCCAACGUGCCGAUCGCCGGGAGGAGCCGUGUGCGGAUGGCGAGGCGGAGCCGCAGCCGCCGCUGCCGGUGUCUGUAUCCAAGGUGAUCGACGACGACAACCUCCUGCCCCUGAUAAUCGUCCGCGUCGGCUUCCCCACCAGCCUCCUCCGCGCCGCCCUCGUCUGCAAGCGCUGGCUCGGCGUCGCCGCCGACCCGGCCUUCCUCCGCGGCUUCCGCAAGCUGAACCCUCCCGGCCUCCUCGGCUUCUGCGUCGACACCUUCACGCUCGGUGUGCCAUACCAGGCGAUCCGCACACGCUUCGUGCCGAUGCUUCCGCUACCACCGGAGCUCGCCGCCGUUGCCCGCCACUUGGAAGCCUACCAGAAACAAGAAAGGGACACCCAGCGGAGCGCCGACGCCUUCAUCAGCGGCUUCUGGAACGGCAUAUCCACAGAGAGAGGCAUGGCGAGCUUCCUCCUACCCGCGGCCCCAACCGACCAGGACCAGUUCGACGGCUCCUUCCUGUCCUCGUUCUUCAUCUGCCUGCACUCCAACGGACAAGUCCACGGCCUGUCGCACGUCUACUCCUCGGUGGAGGCCAACAGGAGGAAGCGCAGGUUCUGCACCAUGAACAUGUACACGUUGCAGGAUGGUUCCUGGCAGAUGCGCACCUCGGCCGCGACGCAGCUCAGCUAUACAAGGCUGGACGUAGAGCCUCUGCUCGUCGACGGCAAGGUCUACAUGAGGAGGGUUGACGAGGGCGACGUCCUCGUGCUGGAUUUGAAGGGCUCGAGUUUCUCCACGGUUCCGCUUCCGGAAGGAGUGGAGUAUCUCAAUGAAAACACCAUGCUGUCUCGGGGCGAUGAUGAUUCCAAGGUCUAUCUCAUGCAUUUGAAGAACCUUCAACUUCACAUCUGGCUCAACAAUGGAGACAACUGGUUGCUGGUGGAUACCAUAUGUUUGCGUCAGUUGUGCGAUAUUCCGAGCAUGUCCGACGCCACGGAUGAGGAUGGGCAUAGUAAUGCUAUUAUCAGGGUAAGCCAGUUGGGGGAUAGUGAUGAGUUUGUGUUCUUGAAGAUUGGUCAGUGUGCGCUCUACUUGGACAUCAAGCGCAGGGUGCUACGUAAAGUGUACGAGGCAACGGAAGAGAAUCAACGUCUGUGUUAUAUCCACCCUUUUAGGAUGAUCUGGCCUCCCGUAUUUCCUGCACUUAAGGACGAUGAUCCUGCAAGGAAUGGCAUGUGAAGAAAGGAUUUGCAGCUCCCCUGACAUUGGGACACCCUGCUUGAUUGGUGGCUCAGGGCCAGACAUGAAACUCCAAAGACGCUGAAGCAAGGCUAGCCAGUACCUUUGCUGCCUACCUUGUGGAUGCUGUGGAAGCACUGCAAUGAUUAUACAUUUGAUUGCGCUCGGCCGAACCUGCCCAGUUUCUUGGGUUUAAUCAGCGCUGAGGCAGGUAAUUAUGCUCGUGUGGGUGUGUUGAGUAUGCGUGCUGUAUUCCCAUCAGUUUGGGACAUACAUUACGUCUUCUUCUUGUGAGUGUGUGUGCAUGUUGUACUACUCUGCCCUCUGGGCUAAACUACCAUUUCUUCCUUUUUAAUACAAUGAGACGCAAGAUGUUUUUGCAUUAUCUAAAAAAAUAUAGAAGGAUUUGAGGAAGCUCUUGGAUGA